UUGGAUCCCAUCUCUCUCGUUUUCCUCGAUCCCCUUUUUCCAUCCCACGCCGCUGCCAGAUUCCGGCGAUCCCCGCCGUUCCCCACCGCCUAGCUCUCCUCCCCGAGGUCACCUCUCCCCGCUCACCAUCUCCACCGACCGGUUUCUCUCCUCGCCCAGGAGAGCCACGCCCAGGCACUAGUGGUGGUGCACCGCGAGGAGGCCCCAGCGGCGUCGAGCUGCUGUUGCUACGGGCACAGCGAUGUCGGCGUGGUCAGGAUGGUCGCAGCCCUUCAAGAUUCUCAACGGCGUCGUCUCGGCGCUGAUGGCGGAGUCGACGGCGAGCAUCGGCGGGUACAUGGCAUCGGGGUACCGGAGGGUGGCCGGCGUGCAGCUCUCCAUCAACCAUCUCAAAAGCUCACCCGCCUCGGCGACCGCAUCGAGGCCAAGGCGAACCCCAUCCGGUACCUCGACCCCGACGCGUCCUUGGACAAGGACCAGCUGCUGGACGCGGUGCAUUGGAUCCGGCAGGCGGUGGGGCUCGCCUGCGGCCUGCUCUGGGGCGCCGUCCUCCUCGUCGGCGCCUUCUGGAUCGCCCUGUCAGUCCUUCCCUCCCUCCAUCCUCAAAGCCCCAACCUUCUUCUUUCCCUUCAGACAUAGGCAUAGAUUCAGGUUCAUUGUUAACUGAAUUCGUAAGCUCAUCUCACACUGAAUUUGGGACCUCUUUCCCAUCGUGUAGUAUAGUACUAGCAAGUCGGUCACACAUGAAUUAGUAGAUGAGUCUAGCGAUUCUGUUAACUGCAUUAUUUCAGAAACCCGCUUUGUUUUGCCUUUCAUUGAUCUCCGUGACAGGUCAGAGGAGGUGAAGUGAGUGUUAGAUUCGCUGCGAAUUGGAGGUUCGUUAGCCUCGUCUCUGAGCACUCGUCACCAGCUCGGCAACAAGCAUCGCAGUGGUUAUGCGCUUUAUCUGGUAUUAGAUGUGACAUGAGGUGUUCAAUCAGCUCUUUGUUUGGCGUGGCCGUCAGCAAACCAACGCAAUUGCCGCAUAUAUGUAGUGGGAUAUGAACUGCUCUUAGUUUCUCUGUGCUCAUUAUUAGUUCAAUAAAUUGGCAAAUGGCUGCUGAUGUAUGAUUGGCUGGCUUUGUUCAUCUUGCUAGAGUUACUUGGAAAUAUUGACAUUCUCAAACCAAAUAUGAGGUGCCCUUUAUUCAGUCCAUGGGAGUAUAUGUAAGUUGACUGCUUCAAACCCAAUCCGUGCUUGCUGUUUAGUGAAUAAAUAUGCUGGUAGAAUAUUGCAAACUUCGUAACAUGAAUAAAUAUUUGAUGGUAAGUUGCGAUGAAGAUUAAAAUUGUAUUCCCCCGUAGAAAAGAAGAUUAACAUUUUAUUACAUACACUAAUCUAUCUAGCACCAAUGUCACGCAGUCAAUUUCCUUUAUCCUUAGCAUUUUUAUGACAUACCAUCUUCUAUUUAGAAUCUUUGGUUGCAAUCAGUUCUUUUUUCCACAAAAAUGAAAUCGGUUUCUUUUACUUUUAGCAUAUGUACUUAACAACUAAGGUGCCAGGUGCCAGUGAAAAAGUAAAUUUAUUUUUAUUUAGUAUUUGGUGGAUCCUCUGUUUUUAUAGGUUUCGACAUUGCUGCCUCCAUAUAGCUUUUUGCUGAUAUACGUUGACGGUUUGAUGUGUCGCUCCUAGUCCGAAUGUUAGUUUUUUUACUGGACCUUCCUUUUUGACUGGACAUUGUUUAUAUACGUGACUGAUUCGUAAUCCAGCUGAACUUUCUUUUCAUGUACAUGAUGGAGUAUACAUCCAUAUAUUAUUGUACGUGUCGGAUGAUAGACUUGUGCAUUUAAUUAUGAUGCAUGUCUUCGAAUAUACUCCCAUUAUGCAUGUUUUUAGACUUUUUUUUAAUAUUGUUGCUGUUAUUACGUGCGUAGUGCCGUGGAGAUGAAAUAACAUGCUCGUGUACUAAUUGACUAUACGCUAGCCUGGCUUGCCGUUGGAAGGUGGCGUAUGGACUAUGGACUCCUUUUUCUUAAGCUGGCCAUGUGAUUCCUUUUGCCUAUAAGCUGGCCGUGCCGUUGGCCGUGUGGACUUUGUAUGCCUUUACGCCGCCAUCAAGUUGAGGUCAACGAAUCACUGCCGUUCAUUUAUCAUAACUUUGUAAUUUUGAAUCUCCUCCUUUUGUUUUCUAUCGUUUUAAUAAUAUUGAAUCUCCUCCAUUCGUUUUCUAUCUUUUUAACAAUAUAAUAGAUUUGAUUUUGGUAGUACCGUUGAAUUUGGUUGCUGCUAUUCAUUUAUGUAUGUGAAGGAAUUGGAUAAUGUGCUCUUUUUUUGUUUGCAAAAUGAAGGACCCUGCAUCCAGGUAGUGGGAAUAGUUAGUCCUUGCUAGCAAUAGUAGUAGCAUUAUUCACUGUGGAGUGUGAGGGAAUUUGAUGAUCAUCUACCUUUGCCUAUCAUCUACUUCUGAUGUUUUCCCUGAAAGUGACACGUGAUCUUCCUUUGUUUUUCUUUAGCUGAUAGUAUGAUAACUGCUUGCUUGGCAGAAGUUAUGGUUGUGAUGUUUCUUAAGUAAAUAAAGAAACUGAGAUUUAGUUCGAUUUGGAGCGCCUCUUGUUGUACCACGGUUCCUUCUCUUAGAGCUGUACUUGUACUGCAGGUUUUGGAUUGGGAGGGGAAAAUGCUCUUCUUUCAGUCUCUGUUGAAGUCAAACCCAUCCAUGCAAAAUCUGUACUUAGUAGAAUUAAUGUAGAUGAAUAUAUAUGCCUUGCAGUUUUAUCGUGCAUGCCAUUCAACUAACUUGCUCUUGUCCAUGCAGAUGGAGUAGGAGGACGAGCAACAGCAGCAAAUCAGUCUAAUGAUGACAGGGUGCGGGAGGCAAUGGUGAUCAUGUUGAUGGCAUGAAGAAGGCUGAUGACCACAACCUGGACCUGUUGGCAUUUAGAGAUGGCAAACACAGGCGGCGUGGAGACAGUAACCUGGACCACCCACCUCCCUUGCCUUUUUAAUUUUGGUUGUGGUGGUUGCAUCACCGGCGCGGUCGCAAAUCAGUAUGUAGUGUGCUUGUGGAGUUGGUUCUGGACUGCAGUGUCCAUCCAGUAGGUUAGGUGUUGUUGCUGCUAGAUCCCAUGAUGCUCACCUAAGUUUUGUGUUAUGUGGAGGCCAACCUUUGUGAUCUUAUUUGUCGACACUUGUGUGAUCUCGUCUUACUUUGUGGUACAGGUCGUAUGACAUAUGUUUUUAUAGAUGAUCUUGUGAUGUUCUUA